AUGCCGCCGUCGCGUCGAGUCCCGCUCGCCAACAUCCCCAAUGCCAACAACUCGCCCUAUCGGCCAAACGCGGCAACCACGACCAAACGACCGCGUUCUCACGCGAACGAACAGAGAGAUGCCGCGUAUCCCGGCCAGCCACCUGCAAAAAAGCUAUAUCUUGGGGAGAAUGAUGUGGAAAGCCGUCGGCAGACCCUCUUGAAGAACGCGGGUCACACCCCGGCGUCUGCCGUUCACAAGAAACUCGAGGCAGCACGCGACACCAAGUCCAGCCAGAAGCCGGUCGACAGACCACAGAAGGUCGUCCAGGAUAACUUCGAAACUAUUCGCCAAUGGCAGAAGCACUACCGCAAGGUCUUCCCGCAAUAUGUCUUCUACCUUGAGAAUAUACCCGCCGAUGCACGGGCCAGAGCAACAAAACAAAUAUUGGCUUUGGGCGCUCGCGAGGAGAAGUUCUUCUCCAAAUCCGUCACCCAUGUCGUCACGACGCGUCAAAUCCCCCCCGAGCAGCCCGCUUCUAGCUCAGUCGAUACUCGAACCGCGUCCUCCAACACCACCACCGCCACCGCGCAAGAUGAAGCAGGACAUUUGCGAACCAUCAAUCCUUCUCUCCUCAAUCGAUCGACAGAAUCGCAAGGCGCACGUACUCGGCUCGCCCUUGAGCUUGCUGCUGCCAGGAAACCGGCCAUCUCCACUGCGCAAGGGCAUGAUGCCGAACCGCGUACGCGGAGCGGUCACAAUGGCGAUAUCCUCGUCAAGGCAAGAGAGAUGGGUAUGAAGAUAUGGGCUCUGGAGAAGCUCGAGAGGAUCCUGAACACCAUGUUCAACACGGACACUGGAGAGCAGCCUCCUGCCUACAACACGCGGGGAAACACGGCGGUCACCGCUUCGAAGACUCGCGGUGCGGACCUCUCGCAGCUCCUGAAGAACGAGAAGGUCAACGGUCCGGCUGACCGCGACCUCGCUGUUUCCACCAAGGACAUGGCCCAUUUCCGUGGCUACUUUGUCUACAUUCACUGUAUGAAUGAGAAGUACCGUCCUGUUAUCAUGAGGGAUUAUCCCAAGGUGGCUGUGAAGGAGGAGGGAAAGUGGCCCCAGUUCCGUCUCACCGCCCCAGGAAGGUGCCCUUUCGUGGAGGAUCCACAACACCUGAGGAAGUGGCAGUUGCAGGAGCAACAGAAGACGACUCAGCAGAAAGCAGAGCGACCUCCUGCAGCACCCCGAACACGUUCUGCCUCUGCAGCCCUGGAGGCUGCCAAGCAGCGUGCUCCCAAGGUCGAGCAGAAGAGAUCGCUGACUGCAAACAACGUGUCGAGGCGUGGCAGCGUGACGGAGGAGUCUACUGACACGAGUCUGUCCAAGCCUCUGGAUCCGCCGAAGCUCAUUCCUGCGAAACGCAGGGAGCCGGAUGGCAUGCCUCCGCUCUUUGGCAGUGCCCAGGCCAGCUUGCGUGCUAUGCCUCGCUAUGCCGGUGGUGAACCCAUUGCUUCUGGUGUACAGCCAUCUAACAUUACGUCUGCCAUCAAGUCUCAAAUGAUUUCCUCUACGGCUGCUGCCCCUGGUGCCCGUGCUGGCACCAGCAAAGAAGUCAACCAGUUGAGCAGGAAAGUCUUGGAGAAGAACAGUGUACCAAACAGCACGAACUCUACGUACAUGACAGAUGUCAGAGCAGCAAUCAAUGGAGAUCGUGCUGCCCCGCCUCGAGCUGCAAAGAGCAAGGCCCGAGCGAAUAUCACAGGUGCUCCCGACUCAGACGAGGUCGAGAAACAAGGCGGUCGCAGGGUCAUCGUUGCCCGUAGGAAGAAGUCCCUUGAGAAGGAACCCAAACCUGGAUAUUGCGAAAAUUGCCGUGAGAAGUUUGACGACUUUGAUACUCACGUCGUUAGCCGCAAGCACCGCAAGUUCGCUGCUACCCAGGAAAACUGGGAGGAUCUCGAUAAUCUGCUCAGGGAAUUGAAGCGUCCCUUCUUAUGA